CGGAUACGUGUAUGCAUGUGUAACUCCGAAAUAUCGCUGUUUGAGACGAAUAUUCGUUUCAUGGGAAGCCUGCUUGCCUGUUACGCUCUCACGGGAGACGUGAUGUUCCGGGAUAAGGCGGCGCAGCUCGGCGAACGGAUGCUGCCUGCCUUCCAGACGGAAACCGGAAUUCCUCAUUCCCUCAUCAACCUCCAUACCGGGGCCAGCAAGAAUUACGGCUGGGCGAGCAGCGGCUGCAGUAUUUUAUCCGAAAUCGGGACAAUGCAUCUUGAGUUUACCUACUUGAGCGAUAUAACGAAUAAUCCAGUGUUCAAGAGCAAGGUUGAGAACGUAAGGAAGGUCCUGAAGAGCCUGGACAAACCGAAAGGUCUAUACCCGAAUUAUAUUCACCCGAGAACAGGAAAGUGGGGUCAACAUCAUAUGUCGCUCGGUGGACUCGGCGACAGUUUCUAUGAGUAUCUACUGAAAGCUUGGAUCCAAUCGGGCAAGGAAGACGUCGAGGCACGUGAAAUGUACGACGAUGCUGUAGCUGCUAUAACCGAGCAUAUGAUCAAGACAUCCCCUGGUAAACUUGUCUACGUGUCGGAUUUGAAAUACGACAGGCUUGAGCAUAAAAUGGGUCACUUGGCUUGCUUCGCCGGCGGUAUGUUUGCGCUGGGCGCCAAAACUCUGGAAAACGAAUUGUCGGAAAAGUACAUGAACAUCGCCGCUGGUUUGACCCACACGUGUCACGAAUCAUAUGACAGAAGCGCUACAAAACUCGGCCCUGAAGCUUUCCACUUUAUUGAGGGCAACGAGGCCAGAAGCUUAAAGAAUGGCGAAAAAUAUUACAUUCUACGACCCGAGACCUUCGAAUCCUACUUCAUAAUGUGGCGGUUAACAAAGGAUCCAAAAUAUCGCGAAUGGGGUUGGGAGGCAGUUCAAGCAUUGGAAAAACAUUGUCGGGUUCCCGGAGGAUUCACGGGACUUAACAAUGUUUACCUAGUCGACUCCGCGAAAGACGAUGUUCAACAAAGUUACUUCUUUGCUGAAACAUUGAAGUAUCUCUAUUUGCUCUUCAGCGACGACGAUCUCAUAAGUCUGGACGACUGGGUAUUCAACUCCGAGGCUCAUGUGCUUCCUAUCAAGGGCAAUCCUCUGUACCGCCCGGCUCCCUCUUCUUUAUAAGCCAGACAAGUUCACGACAGAUUGAACGAUACUGACAAUUCUCGUUCGGCAGUGAUGGAACCGACAGAUAUAUAUAAUAUAUAUAUAUAAUAAUAAUACGACGAUACACAGUGGAUCAGAAUUAUAUAGUGACAGAAGACUGAAGAGAUUUCCUUCGAAUUAACAAAACGCUUUUCUCGCCAAUUCUUUCAACGUAAUCGUUUAUAAUAAUUGAGGAAAAAAUUUCUAUUACGACAAAACCGAUUGCAUUUUUUAUUUUUCUAUUUUCUUUCAUUCGUUCUUUUAAAAGCGUUAACUUUACGAUAUAAAAGAUGUUAUUUGUAUAAACGCCGUUAUUAUUCCGAUUUUGACCCAUUGUGUAACACAAUAAAAUCGCGAAUUAAUGAAGGGUAACGAAGAAAAAUUAUUCUGCCCUUCGAUCGCGCUUAGAGCGCGAACCGAUACAUUUUGAAUUAAAAUAAUUAUUUUAGGUAAACGACAGAGAGAAAAAGUGUGAGAGAGACAGAUAGAGCGCGAGGAGAUUGAGAGUGAGAAAAAGCAGAAUGAAAAUGUUAACGAACGUUAUUUAAGCUACACGUUUGUAAAUAGCAACAAAAAAAAAAUAAAGAAAGUGAGAAUGUGCUGAGAGAACGAGAGCGAAAGGGUUAUGAAAAUAGAAGAAUAUGUUGCGAGAGAAUGUAAAUGCUUCGCCCCAUUUCCUUUAGCAGCCGCAGCGCCAAGCGAUCUACUUUACACCUAAAUGUAUAUUCAUAGCGUUAACAUUUUCAACAUUCUCUAAAGAUCACGGCAGGGGUAAUUGGUGAUUCCAGUCGCGUUCCUUUCUUUUUCGUCAAUAGUUACUUUGGGGAUAUAUACAACUCUGCCAGAAGGACGCGAAGAAGCGUUAUUAAGACUGGAAAUUUCGUCAUUAUUAGGAGAGAAAAGCAUUGAUUAAAUUGUAAAUAAAUCAAAUUGUUAAUGACGUCCUUUUAUGUAUGUACUCUGUGCGAGUGUCUGCCAAUAUCCUUUCAAAUGUUAAGUUUUGACGCGUUACAUCGCGUACGAAUUCAGUGGAUUGUCGUUAUUAAUUGAAACUAUGCGUGAAUUGCUUUCAUAUAGCCGAAUGAGGAUAAGUUUUACGUCGACACCGGGUAUCGAUAUAUGUAGACUUGUUUUGUAAAAACUCCCAAAAUGAAACUGUCAGUCAAUCAAAAAAC